GUGAAUGAAUGGAGGGUGGCGAAGAUGCGGCAGUUGUCUGUCCCGUGAAGGUGCUAGUGAUCGUCAUCUCAUUGAUGAUUAUGGUGAUGCUGCUGCUGAUGAUGAUGAUGCCCCGAGUUACCUAUACUAGGUCUGGCACUGUAAUCGCUGCACCCUAAUCCUAAUUUUUCUGCCGCUCGAUCAUCAAGUCAGGUUUCAACAUCAAUCGGAGUAAUUUCGUUCACUGGAACGAACUAUCGAACGCGGAUGCCACCGUUUGUUGUCGGCAAAUAACGGUGCUCGGGAAUGGUUCUACCAAGUGGAUUCUGAUUCUGCAGAUAGCCAGUCGAAGAAGAUUAUUUCUGUUGGGAAGCAUAAUUAGUGUCCAAAGAGUGACUUAUUAAGUGGAAGAAAACUCGCAUCGAGGACCCAUCUCUAAUCAACCAAACCAAAUUCAUUCUAGUGCAAUUCAAGUGUCAACCUCAAGCCAGUGAAAACUUAAAUCCCUAGCAGGCAGUUGGAUAUUGCGUUCUGAUUAUGCUGUUUGAGGAAAAUUACAGCUUCUAAACCACAGUUCUAGAACCAACAAGCUUCAUUAAUCAUCUCUUGAAAAUCAAGAUGAAUAUGAUACGGCUUUUCCUGGCUGGGAUUCUGCUGACUGUCGAAGUGAUGUGUAAUCAUCUGGUCGAAUUUGUGUCCAAUUAUCAACCCAAUUCACAGAUAGAUUACUCCUUCCGGUAUUACAUAGACAAUCCUCAAAGUGGCGUUUCGAUGGACCACUGGGAGAAUCGAAGGGGAGAUCACGUCCAUGGUGGGUACGGAGUGCUGGACCCGGGAGGAUUUGUCCGAACUGUCCAUUACGAAGUUGAAGGGAACAGCGGAUUUCGAACGGUGAUAAAAACUACAGCGCCAGGGAGCUCAUCGCAGUACAACAUCUACAGUGGCAGAAGGUCCCAACCUGUUCAGCCGAUCUGGAACACACAGCCUAUCGCAUUCGUGCAAAGUACCAAUAAAUCUUAGUCCCUAUCGGAGUUAAACCCACAACUCCAAAUCGACGCGUUCCCAAAGCCCAAUUGCCACAAUCUACCACUACAAAAACCAUUAAGGGUGCUCUGAAGACUUCUCCACUAAAAAAACGCAGACCAAAUUAUAAGCAAAGUAGACGAAGCAAAAAACAAGCUGGCUCUCCUCUACAGUCUCAAUAAUGUCUGGCUUUUCUGGCCAGUUUGAAGUUUACGUUCGUCGUGAGCUUUACGCGCCCUAUCACGCAUUACAGCAUGUCAAUCUGCUGGGAUCGAGCCUAAGAGAUCUAACUUUACGCUAGACACAACAUACAUUUAGUUACCCUCCACCUACCUACAACAUUAUGCAACAACUAGGUCGAUUGCCGGCGCACUUUCUUCUAGUGACACUAAUUUGGACACAUUCCUUCGGCUUAUCCAAAAACUCUACCAUAUGGAGUGCGUGGUUUAAUAUUAAGAAUUUACUUACGAAAUAUAUCUAUGUUUGAAGCGUACUUUUAUAAUUUAAUUCAUGUGGUUUUGUUUCGUUUGCAGCAAAGAUAAAGUUGUAUACAAGACCGGAUUCAUGGGGGUUACUGCCCCGCCCCGCAAUGGUCCA